AUGGAUUCUCAACACAACCGUGCAUCGAGAAAGUCAGCGAAGCCCCAGGAAGCAGAGGAUACUGCCACCAGUUUCACCGUCGGCAAUCCUUUACAACUGAAGCAGUCUAAAGCCAGCCAGAAUAGAGAAAUUGAGGCACGCAUGGACGAUGUGUUAAGCUGGACUAAAAAGAACCGGAAGUCUGCUGCGUGGUCGGACAACUCCAGCUAUUUAGAAAGUGACGACAGUUGCGACAGCAACCGCCUGCAGAUCGCUUGGAACGGUGACAACAAUGAAACUCAGUCGAACCACAGCGAAGGAUCAGAAUCGAGCGGCUCAACCAACGACACCCAAUCGAUGUUGCACUUCAAGAACUCACUUCAAUCCCAUCCACUCAAACGGUACAACGCAGUGAUAACGAUGACAGAGGCCAAAAUUCCGCUUAUUUACCACAAAAGCAUGGCACGCCAGUUUCCAAGCAAGCAGCGUACGCCGGAGCAGAUGGAGAUGCGUCGACGCAACACGGAAGCGGCGCGUGUCAGCAGAGCCAAGAUGAAGAUGGCGGAGCUACUGAUGCAGAAGGAAGCGAAUGAGCUGAGCACAGCCAAUUUAACCCACAAGCAGAUGAUCGCGUCGCAGUUGGUAUAUGCGAAUGCGCUUUCCAAGCUGCUAGACAUGCAGUCGGUGGAUUUGAAAUUUUUCGAACGUGUAGGCCAACGAAAAGGGAACAGUGCUUAA